UCAAAUUCAGUUUGAUUAAAAGGUGAGAGGGGAGGCCUCUUCAAUGCGUGUUGUGGUGUUCGCUUGCGCACUACGAAUUGAUUUUAGUAACCUACCUUGUGAGCGAGAGGGAGAAGAGAGAGAGAGAGGGAGGGGUUGAUAAGCCUUGGGAGGUGCAUCACUUGGUAGUAGUUCUUGCAGGGUUUAGGAGGUAGGUUUGGGCAAUGGAGAUGACUCUCCUACCCCAGAGCCCUCUCUAUUCUCGGAGCCGACCAACGCUCAUGCUCCGGCCAACCACCUUGGGCGGUGGCCCCGGUCAGCCUUUAUUGAGGACUAGCAGGUUUGCCGCAAGCAGGAUUAUUCGGUGCCCAGUAGCAAGUUCAGAUUUUCCUACUAGGAAAUCAAGGAAGAUGGUGUAUCCUAAGGUAAAAGUCGCUGCUUUUAGAGGCUAUGUUCCAAGACUCCCUGCUGAGUCAAGCACCAAGAAGAGUAUACACCAUGGUAGCGAUGAAGAAACUAUUGGUACAUUCAAUAGGCUGUUAAGUACUGAUACAGAAGAGUCAACAAGUAGUACAGAUUUAGACACUGCUGAAGUGGAUUUGCAGGAAGAUGCUUUGAGCAGUUCAGUUUCUGGGGAAGUGGAUGGGGCAGAAGAAGAUGCACUUGACAUGUUGGAGGUGGAAUUGUCAAGAAAUGAAUUGAUUAACAUAUCAUUAGGGGCAGAAGAAGCAGUAGAUGCUGCUGCGGUCGAAGAAGAUAGAUUUGACGUAGAUUUCACAGGAGUCCAAUUUGGCAGUGCUGCAGCUUGGGAAUUGGAUCCAGAAAAUGAAGAUAAGGCUGAAGAAGACAUGUUCGCGGCAGAUUCUUCAGAAGAAACCUCUGAGGUAGAUAAUGACCAAUGGCAAUAUCCAGCACUGCCGUCAACAUCCAUAGAGGACAAGGCCAAUAAUGAAACACAUGAACAUUUGGAGCCUGAGCCCAGGACAGUUGUCAGGGUCAAGGAACAGGACAAAUUAGUUUUCGGUAUCGAUGUGGGAUCAGCUUUUGAUACCCAUGAAGAAGACAAGCAAGUGGUAGACUGUGAUUGGCAAGAGCAAAAUAUUACCACUUUUGAUGAACAAGAACAAGACCAGUUUAUUAUUGGUUCUCGUAGACAAGACAACUCAAUUGUUGGUGUGCCCGAGCAAAUCCAAUCCGUUGUUGUUUACAGUAAACCAGACCAAUCUAUUGUUGCUUCUCAUAGAAAAGAUGAAUCAAUUGCUGCUGUGCCCGAGAAAAUACAAUCUGUUAUUGGUUAUAAGAAACCAGAUCAAUCAAUUGCUGGCGUGCCUGAGCAAACCAAAUCCAUUGUUGGUUACAGUAAAGCAGAACAAUCUAUUAUUGGUCUGCCCAAACAACAACAAUCAGUUGUUCAUAUCCCUCAAGAAAAACAAUCUAUAGUUGGCUUUCAUAAACAAGAUCUAUCAAUUGUUAGUACCUCCAAAGAGUCUCAAACAAGGAAACUUGAUAUUCCUGAGAGUCAUGAUGCACUUCGUAUGGAGGAAAAAGAAGCUAAGGAUGGAGAUUACACAUCUCAAAAUACUGAUGGGGAUAAGCUUCAUGCAAAGUCUGAUGUUGAUUUGCUACAACAACAUAAGGAAGAUUUCACUAAAGAAGCGCUGGAGAUAAUAACUAGCAACAAAAUCAAUGAUGAACACCUUGCAAUGGUUGAAGAUCAGAAAAGUAUAAGCCUGGAGGAAGAACAAUGGAUUGUUACUGAUGAAGGCAUUUCAGCGGCUGAGGUGAUGGAAACAGGCGAGGACAAAUCUUUGCAUCUUUCUGAAGAAGAGAGUUCAUGGGCUGAAGAUGAAGUAGGGAUAUCUGAGGAUGAAGAGCACUAUGAAGUUGAGGAGACGUCUGUGUCUCCUGAACAAGUUAUCCAAGAAUCACCACAGGAUGAAAUGGAUCCACAGGCACUACAGAGGAUGCUUCAAGAACUUGCUGCAAAAAAUUAUUUAAUGGGAUCCAAGUUUUUUGUUUUUCCAGAGGUAUUGAAAGCUGAUUCAACUAUUGCUCUCUAUUUUAAUCGUGAUCUAUCAGCUAUAGCCAAUGAGCCUGAUGUACUCAUCAAAGGAGCAUUCAAUGGGUGGAAGUGGAGGUUUUUCACUGAAAAAUUGCACAAGAGCGAACUGGGAGGGGACUGGUGGUCCUGCAAACUGUACAUUCCCAAGCAGGCAUACAGAUUUGAUUUUGUGUUCUUUAAUGGUCGCACAAUGUAUGAAAAUAAUGGCAAUAAAGAUUUUGUGAUACAAGUAGAAAGCACCAUGGAUGAACAUUCGUUUGCGGAUUUCUUGGUUGAAGAAAAGCAAAGAGAACUUGAGAGAUUUGCCACUGAAGAAGCUGAAAGGAAGAAACAGACUGAAGAGGAGAAGCAAAUAAAGGAAGAAAGGGCGGCACAUGAAGCAGCCACGGCACAAGCGAAGGCUGAGAUAGUGACAAAGAAGAAUAAAUUGCAGAAUGUAUUGGAUUCAGCCAAAGGAUCUGUUGAUAGUUUGUGGUACAUAGAACCUAUCACUACUAUGCAAGGGGCUACUGUCAGACUCUAUUACAACAGACACUCGAGACCCCUUGUUCACAGUGCUGAGAUCUGGAUGCAUGGGGGCUACAACAAUUGGAUUGAUGGACUCUCUUUGACUGAAAGACUUAUUCAUCAUGAUGACAAAGAUGGUGAUUGGUGGUAUGCAGAUGUUGUCUUACCUCAAAGAGCAUACGUGUUGGACUGGGUGUUUGCUGAUGGGCCGCCAGGGAAUGCAAGGAUUUAUGAUAACAAUGGCAGACAGGAUUUUCAUUCUAUCCUUCCCAAUAACAUGACUGAGGAAGAAUAUUGGGCAGAAGAAGAACAGAGGAUCUAUACAAGGCUUCGACAAGAGAGGAGAGAAAGGGAGGAGGCUAUUAAAAUGAAGGCUGAGAGAAGGGAAAAAUUGAAAGCUGAGAUGAAAGAAAAGACUAUGAGAAUGUUUCUGGUUUCUCAAAAGCACAUAGUUUAUACCGAACCACUUGAAAUACGUGCUGGAACCACUGUUGACGUUCUUUACAAUCCUUCGAAUACAGUGCUAAAGGGAAAGCCAGAGGUUUGGUUUCGUUGUUCUUUUAACCGUUGGAUGCAUCCAGGUGGUGUGUUGCCACCCCAGAAGAUGGUAAAAGCAGAACAUGGUUCACACCUAAAAGCAACAGUUAACGUUCCGCAGGACGCCUAUAUAAUGGACUUUGUUUUCUCGGAGUCAGAAGAAGGUGGAAUUUUCGACAAUAGGAAUGGGUUGGAUUAUCAUAUUCCUGUUUUUGGUGCAACUGCAAAGGAACCUCCUAUGCAUAUUGUCCACAUUGCUGUUGAGAUGGCUCCCAUAGCAAAGGUUGGAGGUCUUGGUGAUGUUGUUACGAGUCUUUCACGUGCUGUUCAAGAUUUAGGACACAAUGUUGAGGUUAUUCUUCCGAAGCACGAUUGCUUGAAUCUAAGCAGUGUGAGGAAUUUGCAUAUUCAUCAAAGUUUUUCUUGGGGCGGUUCUGAAAUAAAAGUAUGGCGUGGACAUGUCGAAGACCUCUGUGUUUACUUCUUGGAACCUCAAAAUGGGAUGUUUGGAGUCGGAUGUGUAUAUGGAAGGAAUGACGACCGUCGAUUUGGCUUCUUCUGUCAUUCUGCUCUAGAGUUUCUCCUCCAGAGUGGAUCUUCACCAAAUAUAAUACACUGCCAUGAUUGGUCAAGUGCUCCUACUGCUUGGUUAUACAAGGAAAACUAUGCGCAGUCCAGUUUGGCAAAUGCACGAGUCAUAUUUACGAUCCAUAAUCUUGAAUUUGGAGCACAUCAUAUUGGCAAAGCAAUGAAAUAUUGUGAUAAAGCCACAACUGUCUCUAACACAUAUUCAAGGGAAGUGUCAGGCCAUGGCGCCAUUGCUCCUCAUCUUGGAAAAUUCUACGGCAUUCUCAACGGAAUUGAUCCAGAUAUCUGGGAUCCAUACAGUGACAGCUUUAUCCCGGUCCAUUACACUCCCGAGAAUGUCGUCGAAGGCAAGGCUGCUGCAAAGAAGGCCUUGCAACAGAAACUUGGGUUACAGCAGAAUGAUGUGCCCAUUGUUGGGAUCAUCAGUCGCCUGACAGCCCAGAAGGGAAUUCACCUCAUCAAGCAUGCGAUGCGCCGAACACUCGAACGGAACGGACAGGUGGUUCUGCUUGGUUCUGCCCCAGACCCUCGGAUCCAAGGUGACUUUGCCAACUUGGCAAAUACUCUCCAGGGCGAAAACCAUGGUCGAGUGAAGAUGUGCUUGACCUACGAUGAGCCUCUUUCACAUCUGAUAUACGCUGGCUCUGACUUCAUUCUGGUUCCAUCCAUAUUUGAGCCUUGUGGCUUAACUCAGUUGGUCGCCAUGCGGUAUGGAGCCAUCCCUAUUGUCCGGAAAACUGGAGGGCUCUACGACACUGUCUUCGACGUGGACAAUGACAAGGAACGGGCUCGGGCUCGAGGCCUUGAGCCGAACGGGUUCAGCUUUGACGGAGCUGACAACAAUGGUGUCGACUAUGCUCUGAAUAGGGCGAUCUCUUCUUGGUUCGACGCCCGGAGCUGGUUCCAUUCCCUCUGCAAGAGGGUCAUGGAGCAGGACUGGUCAUGGAACCGGCCUGCCUUGGACUACAUCGAGCUCUACCGUUCGGCGUCCAAACUGUGAGAACCCAACCAAAUGGCGAUCGUGUGAUCACAACAAGGAAGGAGAUGGAGGCCCAGGGAAGCUAGGCAUGAGGAGGAAUCAAGGUGGAUGGAGGUCAAGGCAAUGGAGGAGUGCAGGUGGCAUAUGUGAGGGGGACAAGGUGGCGAUUGAAGAGGAGAAGUUGAGAGUUCCUAGAGAAGAAGUAUAAGGAAAAAAAAUGGAGCAAGAGUACAAGAUCAUGAUCAUGGAGUCAAUGUG